CGGUUGGUUCUAGAGAAAACAUUGUCACGGCCGCUAAUUAGGAGUUUAUAUUUCCAUCGGCAGAUGGGGAUUGGUGUUCACAAGUAUAGGAGUGUUGCUACAUAAACGAAGUACUCAUUGAAGUGUUCAGAAGACAGUGAUAAGACGAGAUGAACAUCUGAACGCUUGCCGUUCUGAUGAGUCCCCCAGUAGUCGGGAUGGACUCGCUAGAGCGUCUCAUGCCAGCUCUUGCAGCCGCCUCUUCAGCCGGGAGCAGCAGUAACAACCGCCCCCGGGGCUCUGGCUCCAGUACAGCCCUUGUACCUGCCGGAAUUGGGUCAGCUUCCGUGGUCACUGCCUCCGCCAUCGGCCGCAAGGGGCGCCAUCUUACGGGCACGUUCUGUCUGACUGGAGAUACAAUGGAAGGCAUCAUACAGUGCUUGGUCUUCCUCAAAGCAUUCUCGCUUGUGGGAGGAGAGUUUGACAUGGAACUGAAUUUCGUGAUCCAAGAUGCACAGAACAUCAAACAUAUGCUGGAGCUGCUGGACCAUUGCCCUUCUAACCUGCAGGCUGAGAUCUGGAGCGUCUUCAUUGCCAUCCUACGGAAAAGUGUACGCAAUCUUCAGGCCUGCACAGAUGUGGGGCUCAUCGAACAUGUGCUGGCCAGACUGUCCCAAGCCGAGACUGUUGUGGCAGAUCUUUUGAUAGAGAUGCUGGGAGUUCUGGCGAGCUACAGCAUCACUGUGAAAGAGCUGAAGCUGCUUUUUGGAGCAAUGAAAGCUAUCAAUGGAAAAUGGCCAAGACAUUCAGCUAAGCUGUUGAAUGUUCUUCGUCAGAUGCCACAAAGAAAUGGACCUGACGUUUUCUUCAGCUUUCCAGGGCGGAAAGGUUCUGCUGUUGUAUUGCCACCCCUUGCUCGGUGGCCAUAUGAGAAUGGAUUUACUUUCACCACCUGGUUCCGUCUGGACCCAAUAAAUUCCGUCAACAUUGAGAGGGAGAAGCCGUAUUUGUAUUGCUUCAAGACCAGCAAAGGGGUAGGCUAUUCAGCACAUUUUGUUGGAAACUGUCUUGUGUUGACAUCAAUGAAAGUGAAGGGGAAAGGAUUCCAGCACUGUGUGAAGUAUGAAUUUCAGCCCAGAAAGUGGUACAUGAUUGCUAUUGUGUACAUCUACAAUAGGUGGACAAAAAGUGAAAUCAAAUGUCUUGUUAAUGGACAGCUGGCUUCUAGCACAGAAAUGGCCUGGUUUGUUUCUACAAAUGAUCCUUUUGACAAAUGUUACAUUGGUGCUACUCCAGAACUGGAUGAAGAACGGGUAUUCUGUGGUCAGAUGUCAGCCAUCUAUUUGUUCAGUGAAGCGCUUACAACACAUCAAAUCUGUGCCAUGCAUAGGUUAGGUCCUGGAUACAAAUGUCAGUUUCGGUUUGACAAUGAGUGCAACCUUAGCCUGCCCGACAAUCACAAACGGGUGCUGUAUGAUGGGAAAUUGUCAAGUGCCAUCGUGUUUAUGUACAAUCCUGUAGCAACAGACAGCCAGUUGUGUCUCCAGUCAGCACCAAAAGGAAAUAUAUCAUACUUUGUUCACACUCCUCAUGCCCUCAUGCUUCAGGAUGUGAAGGCAGUCAUCACCCAUUCCAUCCACAGCACUCUGAACUCGAUUGGAGGCAUUCAGGUUCUUUUUCCACUGUUCUCACAACUCGACAUGCCUUAUGACUGUGCCAUUGGUUCUACUGAUGCGAAGCGUGACCCUUCUCUUUGUUCAAAGCUGUUGGGUUUUAUCUGUGAACUGGUAGAGAGUUCCCAGACAGUUCAGCAGCACAUGAUCCAGAACCGAGGAUUUCUUGUCAUCAGUUACAUGCUCCAGCGAUCAUCCCGGGACCAUCUUACAACAGAGGUGCUGGGCUCAUUCCUUGGACUUACAAAGUACCUUGUUACAUGUCUCAGCUCAAAUAGUGAACUGCUGCUGAAACAGCUGCUGGACCAUGUGCUCUUCAACCCAGCACUGUGGAUCUACACUCCUGCUCCCGUCCAGGCGCGCCUAUACUCAUACCUGGCCACUGAAUUCCUGUCCGACACGCAGAUCUACUCUACUGUGCGGCGUGUGUCAACUGUGCUUCAGACUGUGCACACACUCAAGUACUAUUACUGGGUAGCUAAUCCACGUGCCAAGAGUGGUAUCACACCCAAGGGGCUUGAUGGACCACGUCCUCCUCAUAAGGACAUUUUGGCAAUUCGUGGUUACAUCCUGUUGUUCCUGAAGCAGCUGAUUAUGAUUGGCAAUGGUGUGAAGGAUGAUGAGCUGCAGAGUAUUCUCAACUACCUCACCACCAUGCAUGAAGAUGAAAACCUUCAUGACGUGCUUCAGAUGCUGAUUUCCCUCAUAUCAGAGCAUCCAGCUUCAAUGGUGCCAGCUUUUGAUGUGAAGCAGGGUGUGCGCACAAUCUUCAAAUUGCUUGCCGCUGAAAGCCUGCUGAUCAGGCUCCAGGCUCUGAAGUUACUGGGAUUUUUCCUCAGCCGCAGCACACACAAGAGAAAAUAUGAUGUAAUGAGUCCACACAACCUCUAUACUCUUCUGGCUGAACGUCUGCUCUUGAAUGAGGAAACGCUCACCCUUCCAACAUACAAUGUCUUAUAUGAGAUCAUGACAGAACACAUCAGCCAGCAGAUUCUAUAUACACGCCACCCUGAGCCUGAGUCUCACUUCCGUCUGGAGAACCCAAUGAUUCUGAAAGUGGUGGCAACACUGGUGAGGCAAUCAAAACAGACUGAACAGCUGCUAGAUGUGAAGAAGCUAUUUCUUUCUGACAUGACUUUACUGUGCAACAAUAACCGCGAAAACCGGCGCACAGUGUUGCAAAUGUCUGUCUGGCAGGAAUGGUUAAUAGCAAUGGCUUACAUCCAUCCCAAAAAUUCAGAAGAGCAAAAGAUUUCAGACAUGGUGUACUCACUGUUCCGCAUGCUUUUACAUCAUGCCAUCAAGCAUGAAUAUGGUGGUUGGCGAGUGUGGGUUGACACCCUGGCCAUCGUCCAUUCCAAGGUCUCAUAUGAGGAAUUCAAGUUGCAGUUUGCUCAGAUGUAUGAACAUUAUGAGAGACAGCGAUCAGAUAACAUCACAGAUCCAGCCGUCCGGCAGCAACGUCCAAUAAGCACCAUUUCAGGUUGGGAUCAACAGCAUACCAAUGGUUACCACACAAGGCCUCCAAUCGCAUCCUGGCCGGGACCAGCACUGCCACUUCAAGAUUCACAGCCCUCCAGUGCGGCAGGUUCCGCAGUUUGUAGCUGUGACCUUGGGGUUCGGGAGAGUGGGCCCCCAAUCCAUGAACCUCAGCAACAGGCAUCUCAGGGAGGUUUGGUAGGCUCAGUGGCCUGUAGCUGUGAUUUGGAAUCCCCUGGGGGACUUGGGGACAAGUGCAGUGCAGACGGAUUGCUAGGGCUAGAGGAAGAGAAAGUGCCCAGUGAUAUUGUGUCCAUAGGUUCAAGUACUUGUAAUCUCUACAGUGAAGUGUGCAAACCAGAUUCAGCACUUACUCUGGAGGAUGAUAAUCCCUCAGAUACUGAAGACCAUGGGGAGUGUUUGCCAGCUUCUGAGGAUCAAAUUGUACCUGAUAGUGACCAGGGACAGGUUUAUCCAGAAACACCAAUAAGUGAACCCAGUAACCAAGUACUUAAAGAAAAUGCUUGCAACAGUCUUUCAGAAGAAAUUGUAUUCAAAGAAAAUGAGCAACAGUCUGAAAAUAUUGAAUUUGUAACGUCAAAAACAGCCAACGAAAAUGUUGAAGUUGACAAUAUUUCACAAGAAAAAUCAUUAGAAGAACUCAGGAAAGAAGAUGACAAAGAGCAGGGGUGUCCAAUUGAUGGUAAUAAUUUACCUGCCCAAGACAAGCAAAACAGCAGCAACACAGACAUUUCACCAAAAGGCGUUUUAGAUGCAGAACAGCUCAAGAAUGAAGCCAAGACUGUUACUCAUGUGGCUGCUUCAAAGUCUGAAGAUGGUAGUCCUGCAGUUGAAAACCUUGUUGAAAGUUUUGAUGAAGCAGUUGAAUUGCAAGAUGAGCAUACCAUCAAGGAAGAUGUUGAACUUCUGAAUUUAGUGAGCAACGAAGUAACUGUUCAAGUUGAACGUGAAGUUGGUGACAGUGAUACAUCAGAAGCAUAUUUGACACCAACAGAUACUGCUGAAACAAGCACUGAAAAGAAGGAGACUGAAGCCGAGGAAUCUGAGGAAAGCAAGCCUCUUGAUUCAGAGGCAGAUGUAGGGGUUGCGAGGAGUAGCAAUGAGAGCUCCAUAGAAGAAAAGGCCAGUGGAGAAGAAGCUGUGUUGAUCCUUGCCAAAGACAGUAAGGGAAAUUGCUCAAGUAGUGCUGAAACUGCUGACAUUGAGGUUGAAGCAAAACUAGAGGGUAAAGAGUGUGUGAAAACAUUGGAAAGUGGAGGGGAUAACAGUGAAGGUCAGUUUCAGGGCAAGGAUUUUAAAACUGUUGAUCAAGAAGAGGUGGCAUGUAUUACAGAAGACAGUGAAUCUGUCCUAGAUGAAGGUGCUGAGAGCACAGUGGAGUCAUGUGAAAGUAAUGAAAACUUGUUGGAUGAUGGGAUUGGAAAGUCGAGUGACAGGGUGGCAGACAUUCAUGCCAAAAGUGUGCCAGAUACUACUAAUUCUUUCAAAGUGCCAAAUGUUAUUAGUACUGCUUUUUCUGAAAUCAGUACAAAGUGUGAUCCAAUCAGAACUGAACACCCUGUCCAUGAUGCAGGAUCCAACUCGUUGGAGGAAGAUGUGAGUGUGGAGUUAAGGAAACAGGUCUCUAAAGAAACGGAAGAAGAACCAGUCGUUCUACCAGCUAACACUAGAAACUCACCACAGAAGAGGCCGCACAGUGCAUCCACCUCCACUCAGGUUGAUCCUGUUCACUUUGAAUCAAAAUGCCUGAAGGCAUGUCAGGUGGUGCAGAGCUCAUCACGUCCUAUGUUCAGUCCAGGUCCAACAAGGCCCCCGUUUCGUAUUCCUGAAUUCAAGUGGUCAUACAUCCACCAGCGUCUGCUUUCAGAUGUGUUGUUCUCAUUGGAAACAGACAUCCAGGUCUGGAGAAGUCAUUCAACAAAAUCAGUUUUAGAUUUUGUCAACAGUAGUGAGAAUGCCAUCUUUGUUGUGAACACAGUCCACUUGAUCUCCCAGCUGGCAGAUAAUCUCAUCAUAGCAUGCGGAGGUCUUUUGCCAUUACUUGCUUCAGCCACAUCACCAAAUAGUGAACUCGAUGUGAUAGAGCCUACACAAGGAAUGCCCAUCGAGGUUGCAGUUUCAUUUCUGCAGCGCCUAGUGAAUAUGGCCGAUGUCCUCAUCUUUGCUAGUUCACUCAAUUUUGGUGAAUUAGAGGCUGAGAAGAACAUGUCAAGUGGUGGUAUUUUGCGUCAGUGUCUGCGACUGGUGUGCACUUGUGCUGUGCGUAAUUGCCUUGAGUGCAAGGAGCGUAGCCGUCCAUUCCCCACCCUCUCGCCACCUGCACUCAGCAGCAGUAACAACAGAGCAGCUCAUCUGCAGUCACUGAUCCGUGGUGUUCAGGCAUCUCCAAAGCAGGCAGUGGGCACUGUCAAACAAAUCGCUUCAACACCUCAGCCAUUGCCAGCCACUUUGAAGUCGAAAAAAGGAAUGCAGUAUAUUAAAAAUAAUAUUGUGGAGAACUUAGUCAGUCAGUCAAGUCCUGUGAAAGAUCCAGAGAAAUUACUGCAAGACAUGGAUGUCAACAGAUUGCGAGCCGUCAUCUACAGGGAUGUGGAGGAGACCAAACAAGCACAAUUCCUGGCCUUGGCCAUUGUCUACUUCAUCUCAGUAUUGAUGGUAUCCAAGUAUAGGGACAUUUUGGAGCCCCCAUUAUCACCUCGGCCACCAAGUCCAGCAGCACCCACAACCACAACAUUGCGUAGCAAUGGAGGGUCACAUCAUAGAGGCAGCACAAACAGUCCAUCAGAGGGGGGAGCACGGCCUUUGUUCCCCCAGUGGUCGCAUCAUGUAUACCCUCAGUUCCUACCUGGAUCGCACCCCAACGCCCAGCAUCAACCCUUCCUGCGACAUCGAAAUCCUUUGUUCAAAAAUCACAACAACAACAACAACAACAACCACAUCAUCAUCAACAACAACAACAACAAUCAUGUGCCAACUAGAUACCAUAGAAACUCGACUCUUGGUCAUCAAGCUCAACCAAGGGGCCUUUGUCAGCAAUUGUCUCAGGAAGAUGGAGAGUAUGAGGUGAUUAUUGUUGAUGAGAACAAUUCAUCCAUUUUGGCAGAUCCUGACACUCAUUCUAGUGGGCCACCAUCCCUUAAGGGUAGCACAAGGUCGCGAGCAUCUUCGCAUGCGUCUUCGCUAAAUCAUCCUUACGAUGUAGAUCCAAGUGAUGGUGUGCAGAGAUAUGCCAGACUACCACCCCCUAACCUGCACUCCAAUAAGAGUGGUGAUUCAGUUGAGGAGGUGAAUUCCAUCAACCUAAAUCCCACAACAGAGAACAGUAUGGACAAUGAAAUUCUCUUAGAUGACAAUAAACCUGCUUCCAAUGAUGAGAGCUGGACUGAUGUGAACCUCAAUGAAGAUGGUGACCCAAUAACUAGCAAGGAGGACCACAGAAACAUCCAUAACAUGUCUCAUUCAAGAGGCAGUAUGGUUGAUGCUGAGGGCAAUAUGGAGGGUGGCCUUGGGAAUGCGGAGAGAGGAGAGAAGCCAAUGGGAGAGAUCUCUGUGGUAAGAGUUCCAGAUGGCCUGUGUCCUGCUCCGACUCAAGCCCGACCUGAUGAAUUGCCCAUUAAACCUCUUGUUGAACAUCUGGCUGUACCUACACCUUCACGUGAAGCCUCACUCACUCAGAAGUUGGAGAUGGCCCUUGGAUCAGUGUGUCCACUGCUGCGAGAAAUUAUGGUUGACUUUGCACCUUUCCUUUCCAAAACACUGGUCGGCUCACAUGGGCAGGAACUCCUUAUGGAAGGGAAAGGGUUAACAACGUUCAAGAACAGCAACUCCGUUGUGGAAUUGGUGAUGCUACUUUGCUCACAAGAAUGGCAGAAUUCUUUGCAGAAACAUGCUGGUCUUGCCUUCAUUGAGCUUAUUAAUGAGGGAAGGCUUCUGUCUCAUGCUAUGAAAGACCACAUUGUGAGGGUAGCCAAUGAGGCUGAAUUCAUUCUCAAUAGGAUGAGAGCUGAUGAUGUUCUGAAGCAUGCUGAUUUUGAGUCUCAGUGUGCACAGACUUUGCUGGACAGACGGGAAGAGGAACGAAUGUGUGACCAUCUUAUUACAGCUGCACGUCGAAGAGACAAUGUGAUUGCUAGCCGACUGCUGGAGAAAGUUCGUAACAUCAUGUCCAAUAAGCAUGGUGCUUGGGGCUAUAUGGAUCCACAUGCAGCCAAACUGAAUGAGUUUUGGAAACUGGAUGCAUGGGAAGAUGAUGCUAGGCGGAGGAAACGUUUUGUACACAAUCCUCUUGGAUCAAGUCAUCCAGAAGCAACAUUAAAGGCAGCUCUUGAACAUGGUGCCCCUGAGGAUGCUAUUCUUCAGGCUCGUGAAGAAUUUCAUGCACAUCUUGCGGCUUCACGAGGACAGCAGCAACAGAUGCAGUCCACUGACUUAAUGGAUGACAGUGAACUUCUAGCAGAUGAUCGUGAUCUUGACGUUGAUCUCACAGGUCCUGUAAAUAUCAGUACAAAGGCCCGCCUUGUGGCACCAGGAGUGGUUGCACCAGGAACUGUCUCCAUUACUUCAACUGAACUGUACUUUGAGGUUGAUGAAGAAGAUACAGAAUACCGCCGGAUUGACCCAGAGGUUGAAGGUGGUGUUCUCGCCAUCAGUCCCAUUGAAUAUGUAGGCUGGCUUGAUCCUAUCAGCUUACAUGGUGACAGGCCUGUCGCAUAUGAAUUGCAGUGUUUUCUAUCUUUGUGA